UUUCAUUUUUCACAUUUUGCGCCACAAAGAAAACCUUAAAACCCCAAAACCCAAACCCUCGUAACUCGUCGUUGAACAAAUUGAACCAAAAUCUCAACUUUCCCUCUUCUCAUUUCUCUCUCUCACGAAAUUCUCCCAAAAUCACCAUGGUUGAAGAAACUCCAACCGCAUCUGAGACUUCGGUCACAAUGCCUCAACCAACCGAACCUGUCACUGUCGUCGACGGAACCCUAAACCUCGACAAAAACGGAACAACCGUCAACGCCUCUGUGGAAUCCGCCGCUACUUCUGCUCCGGCGUCCAGCACCGAAGGUCAGAAGUCUCUGGACUUGGCUAAUGAACUGAUGGAAAAGGGAAACAAGGCUAUGAAAGAGAAUGAUUUUGGCGAAGCAGCUGAUAACUAUAGCCGCGCUCUUGAGAUCAGAGUUGCCCAUUAUGGUGAACUUGCUCCCGAGUGUGUCCACACAUACUACAAAUAUGGCUGUGCACUGUUAUACAAGGCUCAGGAGGAAGCCGAUCCUCUGGGUGCUGUUCCCAAGAAGCAGGAGGGGUCUCCACAUGGCUCUGACAAAGAUGAACCUGUGAAGGGUGCUGUGAAUGCUGAAUCCUCCACUGCAUCUUUUGCAAGCAAUGUUGAGCAGGACGUGACUUCAAAUAACCAGGAGUCAGAAGUGGAUAAUGUGUCCGGUAAGAACGACCAGGAAGAUGAUGAGGAUAGUGAUACUGAAGAGUUGGCAGAAGGUGAUGAAGACGAGUCUGACCUGGAUUUGGCAUGGAAAAUGCUUGAUGUUGCUAGAGCCAUUGUUGAAAAGCAAUCUGUCCAUACUAUGGAACAAGUUGAUAUACUAUCAACAUUGGCAGAUGUUGCUCUGGAAAGAGAGGAUUUUGAAACAUCUCUCUCUGACUACCAGAAGGCUCUAUCCAUCCUAGAACAGCUGGUUGAACCAGAUGAUAGAAACAUUGCUGACAUAAAUUUCCGUAUAUGCUUGUGUUUGGAGGUUAGUUCAAAACCUGAGGAAGCCGUUGCUUAUUUGGAGAAGGCUACAUCUGUUUGUAAGGCACGCAUAGAUCGUCUCACAAAUGAAGUGAAGAGUUUUUCAGAGUCGACAUCUUCCGAGACUAAUAACUCAAUUGCGGAUAAACAAGCAGAAAUUGAAAUUCUCGCAGGUCUCUCAAGUGAACUGGAAAAGAAGCUUGAAGAUCUACAGCAGUUAAUUGCAAACCCAAAAUCAAUUCUCGCUGAGAUUCUAGCAUCUGCCAAGGCAGGCAGUGGAAAAGAACCAUCUCUAGCAAGAGUGAGCUCCUCGCAGUUGGCUACGGAGAACAGCAGUGGAAGUUUUGACUCUCCAACCAUUUCAACCGCUCACACCAAUGGAUCUGCUGGAGUCACACAUCUUGGUGUGGUAGGGAGAGGAGUUAAGCGAUCAUCAAAUACUAGCACGACAGAAGCAAGCAUUUCAAAAAAACCAGCAUUGGAAACAACUGAAGAGAAAGGUGAUGGUGGCAACGCAUGAUUUAUACUGGUCUCAGUUCUUUUGUAUGGAGUGAUGAGUUUCGCACUCUUUGAAUUAUGGAUGGGACAAAUUCUUGCAAAUUCCAUGGUUGACUGUUUUCAGGAAAGUGUUAUGCCAUAUUUUUCAUCACUGUAGCUAAGGUUAUCUCGUCACAAGUAUCAAAUGACUUAAAUGUAUUUCCUAGAAAAACCAUGAGAAUUUUUAUGGAUUUAAUCACUGUCCGUUAGUAUUAUAUGCAUGUUCCUUUAAGGUUUGGCGCUGAAUUAGGUUGAAUUUAUUAUGUAAUGAUGACUAGAUGAUUAGGAAUGAGUUGGGAUCCUCUAUUUAAAAAUUCAAAUUAAGUUUGCGGAAGAUAAGAAGACCACGUGUCAGGCUUAAUAAAAUAGUACUAAUAAAUUAUUCAACUACUAUGGAGUGGGUGCAAAAUCCAAUCUAUAAAAUUGAGAACCAAAAAACUAUGUAAGGCGUUAUUAUCUUCAGUAGCGAGCCGUCCCUGCGGGUAAGAGACAAAUUAUAAACAGAAUAACAAGAAAAUGUUGAUGUUAUCAAAGUGCUAGAAAUCAUAGGAAUAUAAUAUUUACCCCUUAACUAUAAAAUCAAGAUAGUUAGAUCGUAUUGCUACGAGUGAAA